AGGAACACGACUGUUUUCAGACAGAUCUCUUUAUUGAAUUAAACCAAACAAUUCAAUUCUCAUCUACGAGCAGACAGAGCCGCGUAGUUAGAGGAGUUGUGACACCAGUUAAAUUGUUCCAAGUGAAUAAAACAAUGCGUGUGAAUUCCACCCUUAUAGUACGUCUCUUAGCAAUGCCUACGUUGUUAUUGCCCUUUUUCUACAUCAUCGGUAUCAUGAAAGUUGAAUUCAACUUCGCCGUAGAUCGAACGGUAGCAGGGAAGCAUCGAUCCAGCUCACAAAAUCUUACCCAUCCUAUACCAGAAACACAUCAGCAAAAUGAGACCAGCAGCACGGAAUCACUGCCAGUUGAAUACAAUUUGAUGGAAGAGACCUAUGGCAGAAAAUGGGACAAGGAUCAAGAUGCUGUGUAUGUAUCGCCUAUUGAUUGUACAAUGGAUUACGUCAAUGCGCACAAGUUGCAACAGGACCAUCCUUGCGUUAUUCAACUGAUUCGACGUGACUACCUCCACCCGCCCGCAUCGAAAAGCCUCGCCUAUCAAAUGGAUCAUCCUGAUUCGGUCGAUCCUUCCGAUGGACAAUCUAAAGUCAUUUUAAAAAUUCUACAGAACAAACGCCGUGGAUUUUUCAUAGAAGCCGGUGGCUAUGACGGAGAAUUUCUUUCCAAUACUUUAUUCAUGGAACGAUCGCUUCAGUGGAGUGGUUUGCUGAUUGAAGCUGACAAGACAGCCUAUAGCAAACUGUUAAAACGCAACCGUAAAGCUUUUUCUUCGCCUGUGUGCCUCAGCACGAAGCCUUACGCGAUGGAAGUUAUUUACAAUGGCUCCAUUUCUUCUGGAAGUUUCAUUAUUGACCAAAAAGAGAAUGACGGGCUUGCUCCAAAUGAUGGUGGAUCAGCAGCCACCAACAGCGAUAGCGAGGGCAUUUACACAGCUCAGUGUUUUCCGCUAUAUUCCCUACUUCUCGCCGUUGGCAGAACCCAUGUAGACUAUUUUAGUCUAGAUGUUGAGGGUUCAGAAUACAAAAUUUUAAAAACCAUCCCAUGGCACAAGGUUUACAUGCAAACGUUGACAGUGGAAUGGAAUCAUGCCCCCGAGGGCGAAGCUGCGGUUACUCGAUUGAUGGAAGAUAGUAAUUUCAUCAGAUUUGGAAGCUUCUCAAUGCCGUAUUCACGUGAGGUAGUUUACGUCCAAGAUUUUCUGUAUGGAUACAGGAUAUUCGGAGAUCCAGUUGCAUAGAUAACGUUGCGUAACAAUCCUAACUUGUACCUUUAAUAAAAAGGCUAUCAAUUUUGAAAAUGGAAUAAAAA